AUGACAAGUGACACAGCAGUCACGUGGUGCGAGGAGCCCACUCUGCUCCCUCACAGAUCCACAGAGCGAAGAGCUGGAUCACAGACUGUAGGAGCGGAGAGGGAGAUUACGUUCGGCCGCGGACUAUCCUCCGUUCUGCUGAACCGGUGUCGCGUCGUUCUCCAAGUAUCACGGAUGUUCCCGGCGGAGAUGGCAAGUUGCAUCAGCACAGUGUCAUCUAUCCCUGAAGUGUUGCCGCGUUGUGUUUGA